UAAAUUAGGAUAUGAUCUAAGGAAGAUAAGGCCAUGAGAGGGGUCCUCUAAGAGAUUUUGCUCCAAAACAUUUCUUUCAUUUGAUUUGCAGAACCAAUCUCAACAAACAAAAAAAAAGAAAAAAACCAAUCACACCUUCUAAGAGUUGUGUUUGUUUUUGGAGAGAGAAAUAGGGUCUCUCUCUAUGUGUAUGUGAAAGGGUAACAUGCAAAACAGUGACUUUGAGGUAGAGAGUUGAAGAUUGUUGUUGUUCAAUUUUGCAUACGUUGUCCGUCAACUACUUUUGAUGUUUUGCUUCUCAUCUUACUUGUAAGUUUCUGACAUCAUUCUCUCUCUCUAUCUCUCUAUCUCUCUCUCUUUCUCUCUCUCCAGCUUUAUCAUGAAUUGUUUGCUAUGUUGUUGGAUAUAGGUUCUGCUGAGAUUGUUCAAUAUCUGUGUUCUUGAUUGAAGAUUAAGUGCUUCUUGUUGUUGUUGCUGCUGCUUUAAAGACUAUGUUGGAGGGUCGUUCCUGUGUGGUUCCGAGGUUGUUUUCGAGUUCUUGUCAGGCAGAGAACAAUUGGUCUUUCAUGAAUUACAUGCCGGAUUUGGACAUAAAAAAUGGAAAGCGCCCUUUAGGUAUCGAUGACGAAGAUGAACCGCAGUCAAGGAAGGUUAACAGGAGAUUGGGUUCUUGUUAUCAAGAUGAGAUGGGUCUUGUUUCGAUUGAACAGAAAUCUUGUCAUGCUGACGAUUCUGUUGUUCCACAAAUGGAUCUGGAUGAUCAGAUGAAGGAUUUUGAGUCAUUGAAUGAUUGCCAAAGUGUUGAAAAGGUUGGUGCUUUUUCUGUCCAGUUUUCGGCUGAACUAUUGCUGGAUUCAUCGUCCAAGUUCGGUGAUUCAUCAGAUUCUGGUGUUCAUCAAUCUGAUGAACAUAAGAAGCAGCAGCUUGAAGGGAAUUUGAUGAAUUCUAAUGACGAGCCGUUGGAUGAGCAGAAGGAGAGUCGUGCUGGUGAUUCAUCGGAUUCCAGUUCACUUUUGCCGCGGAUGAAUCGGGACAGCUCAAUUACCUGUUUAAGCCGCUGUUCGAGAUCUGAUUACGGGUCUCUUGCCUCGCUGAAUAGGAGCUUUCGCAACAUAAUUCGGAGCGGUGAGCUGUAUGCAUGGAGGAGACUUAACGGUAUCAUUGAGCACUGGAUUUAUUUCUCAUGUGCCCUCCUUGAAUGGGAGGCCUAUGAUCCAAUUCGUGAGCGGUGGAUGCAUUUACCUAGAAUGGCUUCUAAUGAAUGCUUCAUGUGUUCAGAUAAGGAGUCUUUAGCUGUAGGUACCGAACUUCUUGUGUUUGGGAGGGAGCUUCGGUCCCAUGUCAUAUAUAGAUAUAGUCUUUUGACAAACUCGUGGGAGUCUGGUAUGAGGAUGAAUGCUCCAAGAUGCUUGUUCGGAUCUGCUAGCCUCGGUGAGAUUGCAAUUCUAGCCGGCGGCUGCGAUUCAGACGGACAUAUCCUCAACUCGGCCGAACUGUAUAAUUCCGAGAAUCAAACAUGGGAAAUACUCCCAAGCAUGAACAAGCCGAGGAAAAUGUGUUCUGGUGUAUUUAUGGAUGGAAAGUUUUAUGUUAUCGGGGGAAUUGGAGGACGUGAUUCCAAGCUUCUUACGUGCGGUGAGGAGUACAAUUUACAAACUAGAACAUGGACAGAAAUUCCUAACAUGUCGCCCGGCCGUAGUGCUCGAGGAUCCGAGAUGCCUGCUACAGCAGAGGCACCGCCUCUAGUUGCCGUUGUAAAUAAUGAAUUAUACGCUGCUGAUUAUGCUGACAUGGAAGUUAAAAAGUACGAUAAAGAUAGAAAAUUGUGGUUAACCAUCGGGAGAUUACCAGAGCGAGCGGCGUCAAUGAACGGUUGGGGUCUUGCAUUUAGAGCAUGUGGAAAUCGGCUUAUUGUUAUCGGUGGACCGAGGAGUCAUGGUGAGGGUUUUAUUGAACUCAAUUCAUGGGUUCCUAGUGAAGGACCUCCACAAUGGAAUCUUCUUGCAAGAAAACAAUCUGGUAACUUUGUUUAUAAUUGUGCUGUGAUGGGAUGCUGAAGAAUUUGAAUAAUUGUGAAAAAGUUGCACAAUUUUGAUGCUUCAAAAUCCACAAUGAGUUUGCACAACCACAACAUUGAUUCAUCAUCAAAAUUGACACAUGAUUCUUGCUAAUUGGUAAUUUCCUCCUUUUUUUUUAUAUGAUGAUGAUAUUUUCCUUUCAAAGGUAGGGAGGAAAUUCAGAUAAAUACUCAAAGAUUGGCUCAAAGUUUUUCAAGGGGAAGAAGCUCUUUGGUCUUUUUUUUUUUAUUUUAAAAUUUAUGUUACUAUUUUCCAUUUAAAUUGGUAUCUCUCCCCAUUUCCAUUUACAUGAAAAUUUUCAAAGUUUGAUAUCAUGUAGCAUAGGAAUAGGUUAAAUAAUUCAACACAAAUGUAGGUUAUUGAUGUUGUUGUUUGUUUUUAAGUUUUUUAUUUUUAUGAACACACAGGUAGAUUAUUUGAUUUUCAUGAUCAUAAAUUUUCUUACCUUGAAUGAAGGAUGGAAUAAUUGUGUUAUUAAUUUUGGAUUAUAUUGAGUAAUCCAAUUUACAAAUCUAAUUUGUGGACUAUUUA